AUGUCUCUUCCCCGUCGCUUCUCCAUUUCCAUCGAUGGCAAGCCCGUCUGUAUGCCCAGAGAGAACCCAGAGCAGAUGCCAUUGGCAAAAGCUGCUGAUCAUGGGGACCAGCCUGCUGUCUUUGAGAUUCGAGACAGCCACCUCGUCAGCGGUCCAUUAGCCAUGGGCCGUCGAAACCUGGAAGAUCUCAGCAUGCGUCCCAAGAACGUCGUAUGGUGCACCGCGGAACAGAUGUACGAGCUACAGCCUGUGCACGUUGAGGAUCGUGGGAAUGGUCCUGAACUCAGUUUCAGUGGUUGUAAGCUGGCGCUCGUUGAAGGGCAAAUUGUCUGCCCUCUUUUCCCAGGUAUGACUCCUGACCAAAGAGUCGAAAUUCGACCCGAGUAG